UACAAUUCAUUACAUAUUUAACAUAUGUGCUUCACGUGCAUAUUACAGAAUAUAUUGUAAGCACAUUCUAAGUGGACACAAAAUUAUCUCUUAUGUAUUUCUUUUUUCCUCAAAGUUGCAAGGGAACACAACAGUUGUAUCCCUGCAUGCAUGAUAAAAAUAUUUCAUGAGCAAAUGUUCCCCUUAAUCGAUUGACUGAGGGAACACCUGUUUGAUGGCUUUUUAGGGGCAGUCUUCACGCAGAUAUUCAAUGAUAUACUCUGCGCUGUCAUCGUGAAAUAACUCGCGGCGACAGUGUAGUUUCCUUCCAUUUUCUCAAGAGUAUUGUAACUUUGUUAUAUAUUUCCUUAAGAGGAAUAGAAGCGAGUGCAGGGAGAAAUAUAAGAUUAUGACUCGUAAAAGUACGAUUAAUCGCAUAGUAAUGCUUCUGCUACCUUUGUACGGUAUCUGGCCAGGCAGAUCGAUGAUUUUAAUUAUCAGAGUGUUUUGGGUCAUUACAAUAGCAUUCAUCGAAUUUUGUCAUUAUCUUUAUUUUUCAACGCACUUGAAUAUCCAGAAUUUUUUCAACUUGGUGGAUUGCUUGUGUAGCUUUUUGGCGCACGCCAAAGUGCUCAUUAAACUCGUUGCGUUUUGGGUAAAUCAGCGAAAACUCGUGGAAACUUUGACGUUAAUCAUGGACGACUGGAGCGAUUGUGCUAAGAGUGACAUUGGCAUGCGGGUGACGAUGCAUAAGGCAAAAUUAUCGGAUCGUAUCACUAACGCAAUACUUAUUCUUCAUACGAUGUCUAUUUUCGUUUAUUGUCUUGGAGUCAUCAUAGCUGAUGCCGAUGUUACCGAUCAAACGAUUGAAUUGCCUUUCGUCAACAAGUUGACACUCCCUUUCAACAUUAACAUCCAGAAUACAUAUAGACUAAUAUUAAUCGCGGAAUUCGUGCAUAUGAUCUUUUCUAACUGGUUAUUAGGGAUUGUAAAUGCCAUACUUUUAACUUUGGUUUUGCAUAUGGGAGGUCAAGUGGAGAUUCUACAAAGCUGGUUAUCACAGCUUGUGCCCAAAAAGAUUGGAAAUAAAGAAGAAUCAAUUGUCACCUCGACAAAUAAAAUUAUUCGAAAGCAUAACAAAAUUAUACAAUUUUCAGAAAAUAUUGAGAUUUUAUAUACAUACAUCGCGCUGUUGCUAUUUGCAUCGAAUACAAUAUUAAUGUGUUCGAUAGCUUUUCUCAUCGUAACCGCUAUUGGCACUCCUGAUGCUACAGAACAGAUUUUAAAAUCUAUUUUAUUUUUCUGGACUACAAAUCUCGAAGCCUUUAUAUUUUGCUACGCUGGAGAAUAUCUAAGCAAUAAGAGCAGAGCCAUCGAAUUUGCAACAUAUAAUUGUCCAUGGUACAAUUUAAAACCUAAAGAUAUUCGUAUAUUGUUAUUUAUAAUAUUAAGAUCGCAGAAAGAAUUGACACUCACAGCUGGCAAGAUAAUGGAUCUCUCCUUAAAAUCUUUUUCAAGCAUCAUGAACGCUUCAGGAUCCUACCUGUCAGUAAUGUUGGCGAUGCAAUGAACAUCGUAUUCACUUCAGAAGUUUAUAAUCAAUAGUGGUGAAGCACAUAUACAAAGUGAUAUGUAAAUAUGUACUCAGCAGUUACGCUAUCACAUACACGUAAUGUAUUGCACUUAUUUUUUUAAAUAUAUAUUUUCUCUGAAAGAAAGAAGUAAUUCACAAUAACAUGUAAAACUAUAGCGAAUUAAACAGUUGUAAUACAAGUCCAUCUCAAUUCCCACAGUUUCUUACAAAGAGAAAAAUCAUGCAUCUUUUUUCAGAUCGAAUUAGCAAUAUAAGAACAUAUUACAUAUGCACAGAAGGAUACAUAAAUAAGAGAUUGCAUGACUUGUUUUUCCAUUUUUUUUCUUCGCUCUC